AUGGCUCCAAUAGGUUAUGGUCAUAGAGGAGUUGAAGAUAUACAUCGAAUAAUAAUGUCUCUCAAAUCAGGUAUAGAAUCUGAAGUUAAAUGGGCUUUGACUACUUUAACGAGAAUAUCUUUACAAGGACAAUUAAAUUUAGAAAGUUCUCCCUUCAUUGGAUCUGAAUUAAUUAAAUAUUUCAUUAAACCUUAUCAAUGGUUUUUAGAAAAGAAAUUCGAUAAGAUUAAACAAGAAAAUAUCACUUUCAGUAUCGAUGCAUUAUUAACAUUAAGAAAUCUGGUUCAAGAUUUAUCAAAUCAACAAUGGUUGGCUCAAGUAAAGACAUUCAAGAAAAGUAUAGUUGAAGUUUUAAAAUUUUUUUAUAAUUGGUUUUAUAAUGAUAAUUUACAAUCUUAUUCAUUAAAGAGAUUCGAUAAUCAAUUUAAAGAAUCAUUCACUUAUUUACUUGAUUUACUCGAACCUUUAUCAUGUUAUUAUAUCGAUAAUACUAAACAUGAUCCCUUAUUUUUAUUAUUAUUAUCAAUCUUAUCAUCAACUAAUGAUAAAGCCGUCCUUAUUAGUGGAUUGAAAAGUUUAUCUCAUUUAUUAAUCAUUCGUGAUUUGAAUUAUAAACCAGAUGAUGAAGAAGAUGAUGAUUCAAAUCCUAAACAUGAUGAUGAUGAUGUUCAUCAUAUUGAUGAAGAAGAAGAAACAAAAAAUGAAGAUAUAAUUCCAAAUAAUUGUAUUGAUGCUAUAACUCCUUCUCAAUUGGAGAAUUUAGUUAAUAAAUUAUUAAUUAAUGAUGCUGAAAUAACUUUUGCUAUUUUAGAUUUCAUUAAAGCUUAUUUAAAUUCAGAAGCUUUACAUCCUGAUUAUCCUACUUCCAUUAAAGAUUCUCAACUUCAUAGAUUAAGAAAAUUAUUACAAAUCCAUACUACAAAAUCAAAUUAUCAUACUUUGGUUAAACAAUUACCAUCAUUAAUUGUUUAUAAUUUACCAUUGAAUGAUCCCAAGAAUAUAAAACCUAUAAAUCAAUUGAAUUUAACAAAAAGAUCUCAAUUUUCAGGUAUUCCAACUACUUUACCCGAACUUACUCCUGAUUUAUAUAGUAUCAUAGUGAGAUUCCCCGAACCUUUAAGAGCCACAUCAUGGUUACGUUGUUGUUAUGAACCAUUUGCAGGAGGAAUUAUCAAUUCAAAUUCAACUACCCCAAAUGAUCCUGCUACAAAUCAAGUUAUACCAGGUGAAGUUACUCAAAUUUCAUUAUGGAAAGCUUAUGAAAAUCAAUUUGAAGAAAUUUGGGAUACUUCAAAUGAUAGAGUUCUUAAUCCUGAAUAUAAACCAUUAUUACCUGCUGUUGAUUUUAUUAAGAAUGUAUCUCGUGCAUUUCCAAAUUCAGAAGCUAUGGUAGUUAAUUUAGAAAGUAAUGGGGGUGAUACACCAGAACUUCAACAACAACAACAACCGAAAAAGAAAUUCAUCAUUAAAGGUAUUCAACCUCGUCAAUUUGCUGUUAGUAUUGAAGUGGGUAAUUAUGAAGCUUUAAAACCUCCACCUAUACGAUCAACCAAUCCUGAAGAAAAUUAUAAAUUACCAAUUGGACAUAUUGAUAUUGAUAAAUUCAAUCAUUCAUUAGAUACCAUCACCGAUACCAUCAUUUCUGAAGGAUCAAGAAUCACCAAAACCAUGGAUAUCAUAAAUCCCAUCAAUAUCAUCAGUAAUGAACUUUUAGAAUAUAUCAUUACUGAAAUUCUUAUCAAUCAAGAUAAUAAUCAUCAUAGUUCAGAUGAAGAGAAUAUUUUCCGAUUAUAUAAUAAUCAUUGGUUACCUGAUUUAGUAUAUGCCAAUCCUUCAUUAGUUGAAAGUGGACUUAUUAAUAGUAAAUGGUUGAAAUAUUUCUUCUAA